AUGACGGAUGCCACACAAUACAAGUACGGUACCGAUGUUCGGUUCGACUAUUCGCAUGAGCCCAACAGUCACAGUCAACUAAAAGAAGAUACGGCCACAUCCAGUGGAGCUGCUAAAAAGAAGAAGAAAAAGAAGAAGAAGAAGUCAAAGGCAGCAAAUGAUGAUGCUCAAACAGAGGAACAGCAUUCCACAGAAGAUCCAAUGUUCUCCAUCGAUGAUGCUCGAAUUCACGAUCCAGAGGCUGACUAUCCUACUUCAAGAGUUAUCAAGGUGGGACCUUCAGGAGACUUGAUUGUGGAGAGCCUCGACGACGAAUAUCCUCCGACUGGCGAAUCAGCAGUGCCCGAAUACUCCGAACAGCAUGGCAGAGAGCUGCUAGAUUUCUCCUUAUUCCAUUUCCACAACGAUGAAGAACGAGCGUUUUGGGCAAACUUGUCCGAUGAUGAGAAGAGAGACAUACUCCGUGUCGACAAAGAGCAUCUCAUGGAGAACCUACGAAACCUCAAACGAAAUCAUCCGAAUAAGGGAUUGCCGCUUAAUCAAUACGGAACUGGCGAGCACCACCACAACCAAGGAGGUGAGCAUUGCACUUGUGCCUACUGUGGGCGGAAUAGCCGCUACAUAGAGGAUGAGCUAGCUAUAGCAUACAACCAGCAUCUUGAUGUGAUAGCCAACUACCUUGAGAGUUGUAUGAAUGCCCGUGCAGAGUUUCCACGCAGCUUCCCCGAACCUCCUUUCCACCCAAAUCCCUCAUAUGAACACCAAUAUACCAUCGAAGCUGCGGCAAGCCACGCAAAUAACGAGCACAUUGCCUCCUCGGCUCAAACACAUAUGGAGGAGCCAAUCCUUACCGAAGAUCACCCGUUUACGCAAGCAGUGUCAUCGAAUGAAGCGAAUGAUCAUAUCAUUGAAGAGAGAGAGGAAGAAAUUGACUCUCAGGAUCCAGAUGAGAAACUACUAAUGAAUCUCGAGCCGCAAGAAAUGCUAGAUAUUCUCGGAAAAGCCAAGAAGGUCCUGGAGCUCAUUAACCCGAACACGAUUCAAGAACUUGUGAAGUAUGAGCUUCUACAGAGAAACAUAAAACCGGAAGCUGCAAUCGACGAGUCUGCUAAGAAUCUCACUGAGAUUUUUGCCAACAUCAAGAAAGAUGAUGCAAAUGGGCUUGCGAAAGCAGUGGAGUUCAUAAGAUGCUGCAGUCGUCUUUACAAAGAAUCCAACGAUCAGUUCAACGAUGUACUGCAAUUCCUCUCCAAUUUUGCCGAUUUGAUCAUGAAGAACGAUGGCAAGUCAUUUGUGGAUAUGCUAGAAUCACUAACGGAUGCCAGAAAUGCUCGCAUGAACCUUGUUGAAUCUAAGAUACAACAGAUUCAGGAGGGCGAAUCUGAUCCAGCUCAUGAACAAGUGCUACAAUCCCCGCUCAAUGUCACCGAACAUGGUGAUGCAGAUCUUUCUUUUGCCCCUCAAGAUACCGAACAAACCUUCGAUAAUGCUGGUAUCAACGAGGAGGAGUACUACAAUGAGCAAGAUGUUGCACACCAUCACCGUCACGAACACGACCACGACUAUGUUUGUGACCAUGAGUGCACGCAUAAUCAUGAGUGUGACCAUGAAUGCGACCACGAGUGCGACCACGACGAUUAUGAUCAUGAUGACGAGUUAAACGAUGACGAUAGUAAUCAAGAUUAUGACGAUGGUGAGUUUGACGAUGAGGAAGCCCAGCGCGGGCGCUCUCAGGAAAUUCGAGGUUUUGUUAUGAUUCAAGCCGUCAACAUGAUUCGUGAGAGGUUCAUGGAAGCCUACGAACGUAAACUUUCUGAAGAUCGUACGCAGAAGUUUAUCGCUGAGCUUGAGGCAGAGGAAAAUGCCAAAAAAGAGCGAGAAGCGAAGAAGUUGAAAGCGAAGGAAAAGCAAAAGGAGAAGAAGCGUUUACAGCAGUUGGCAAAAGAAGAGGAAAAGAAGCGCAAAGAGGCGGAAGAGCUUGCAAGAAAGGAAGAAGCAGAGAGAAAGCAGGAGGCUAUUCGGGCAGAGCAGUUGAAAAAGAAAGCAGAGGCUAGGUUGAAGAAAGAGGAGGAAAAGAGGAAGCGCAUAGAAGCCUUGCAAAAGAAAGAGCUUGAACAGCAACAAGCAGCUGAGAAGAGGAAACAGCAAGAACUUGAGCGUGAGAGGGAGAAGAAAGAACGUGAGGAGCAGCGACUUCAGCAGCAGAAGUUAGAGGAGCAGAGGCUUGAUCAACAACGGCGCGAGGAACAGAAACGCAAGGAGAAACUUAAGAAUUCGGAGACGAAGAGAGCAGAGCUGACUACUCUUGAGGAGACUCCUAUUAAUCUGUCAAGCUCUGAUCCAAGAGAGGCGGCUCAGUCAACGAAGGAGGCCAAUGACACUCAGCUGUCAACAUUGCCUUUACCUCAAUCCAUCAUGGGUCAAGACAACUUCAAUGAGACAGAAGAGUUCUUGAGCAGACAACAACAAGACCUCCUCGAAAGAGCCAAUAGUUUGUCUCUUGACUCCGCAAACCCUUUGAUGCCUCUUGACGAAUUGCAGGCUGACAUUCCAACCACCUCGCCGCCGAAGAAUCAUCUAUUGGAACAACUUUAUCGUGCCAAGCCACAAUCACUCUCAUCAACAUCAGCUUCAACACCACACAUCAACUCAGCGGAAGUCAAUCAGUUCGGCUUACCGGAGCAGGCUCCUCAGUAUUUCUCACCCAACAAAAAUCCGGAAUUCAACUCACUGCUUGAUGGGUUCAGAGGAAUGGAUUGGCGCAACGGAACACAAUCGUUCUCAAAUCAUCAGUCGACUCAAGGAAUUGGUGCCAACCAGAGCACCUCACAGUUCAGUCCAUUCAAUUCGAAUGCUGUCUUGGACCAGUUGCAUCAACCACCGUCGGUUGAUGUAUUUCUGAAUGCAUCUGUUGGCAGCAAUACCAGGCCUAGCAUCCAACAAACGAAUAACUUUUUGUGGUCAAAUGGUGCAUCGAGGAACAACUCUAUCUGGAACACGUCCAGUUCAGAGACACAACAUGGAAUUUGGAAUAACAAUGCCUCACUGCAGCAGAUUAACAACGGAAUGCUUCCAGUAGGCGGAAACCGUUUUUCGCUCUCGGAGCAGACACCUAUGGUCGACGUUGAAGCUGUACAAAAAGCAGCUUUCGACGCAUUUACCCUCAUGCUGGCCAACAAUCAGCUCUCAUUUGACCUGGCUCCUGUCAUGAACAUGUUUCAAGUGGUGAGAGGACUCUUGGGGAAUUCAUCGAUGGGGAUGUCUGAGUUUCUCAAGACAUUAAAUGUGCCUGGCAGAUACCACUUUGACCUCAUCCAUGAUGACCGGGGCAACGCUACGCAUAUUAAAGUGAUACAAAAUCCAGCCAAUGGUCCACUUCCUCAGAUGCCGGGACCGAUGGCCCAGCCCGGUAUGCAGCCACUGCUCAAUAACAACCUACAGUUUGGGUUUUCAACCGCAACUCAGGGUCCAUUCCAGAAUCAGCCUUUACAGCAAAACAUGCCGAACGUGCCGCAACAGCCGCAGCCUAUGAAAUCUGUCAAUGGCGCUCCGCAAAGACAGCAUGAUGGAAAUGGUGGUCUCAAGACCAACGGGUUUCAGCUACUGAAUUCAAUACCUGGCCUGUUCAACUCUAUGGGUUUCGGUCAGGGCGGUGGUAUUUGGUAA